AUGGCGACAUGGAUUAUGCAGAAAUGCUUGAUUGUGCAGCCGGAGGGCAAAGAGAACGGUAGAGAGACUGGGGGAUGGUCAGUAGACGACGAGGGUAGACUCGGGCACCAUGGCGGAUAUCUGACCUGUUUCGUCCUGGUGUUGGCCUUUGGUGUUGGCCUGGGUCUCGAGACAAAAAGUGUGUGUGGGUGGGCGGUGUUGGGGACAAAGUAUCGGUGCUUGUACUGUGUGUGUUCGUGUGGUAUGGCAUGUUUUAGCAUUGGCAUGUCGACGGCCAUGCCCGUUCAUCCCAUUGUUUGUAUCCCCGUACGAGGCAUCCUAUUGACCUCUUUAGUAAUUGUUCAGACGAUUCUUUUGGGAAGUACGCAAAGUCUCAGCGUCUUACCAAGUUCUGUUCAAUUGUGCGAAGUGCGGUUUUCGACCUGA